CGUCAUAUCUAAUGGACCAACACGACACCGGAAGCUGUUUCACCAACACGAAUACUGACUCAUUCAACCACCUCUUUAGCCCUGUAGCCAACAUACAACCGAAAGCAUUAAAGCUCUUUAGACCAUUUUUUGUGUAAAUUGAUCUCGGUGUUUUUAACACACCGAUCUACUAUUUAACUUAAACGUAACUUACUUGUUCAAUUUACAAAUGUGUUGAUUAUACUUAACCUAAGCUAAUCGUCAAUGCUAGCUAGCUAGCCCACCAUGAGCUCUCCAAGCUACUCUCCUCUUGCUAAAGAAGAGGUCUGCUGGACGGAGAAAGAGGGUCUGUGGCUGAACAUUGUCGUGAAAGAAGAGGGGGAGGAUGUUUCAGUAAAAGGAGAGGAAGAAGCUUUCAGAAUGAAAGAGGAGGAAGAGGAGGCUAUCAGUAUCACAUUGAAAGAAGAGGAAGAACCUUUUGGAGUGGAAGAGGAGGCUAUCUCAAUAAAAGAGGAGGAAGACGCUUGGAGAGAUGAAGAGGAGACUGAAGAUCUGAUUAACACCAGAGAGAGACCAAACUCUCAUGAUGACAGCGGGAAGAGUCCUUCAGGGAAACCAGACCCGGCGACACCCAAACCAACGAGACGACAUCAGUGCUCCCACUGUGGAAAGAGUUUUCCCUGGUUAAAGGCCCUGAAGCAGCAUAAGAAAAAACACUCUGGAGAGAAGCCUUAUCGCUGUUCUCAAUGUGGAAUGACUUUUACCUGGGCAGGAAGCCUAUGGGGGCAUAAGAGAAUACACUCCGGAGAGAAGCCUUACCACUGCUCCCACUGUGGAAAGAGUUUUAGGAAGUUAGGUGACCUGAAGGCGCAUGAGAGGACACACACAGGAGAAAAGCCCUACCAAUGCUCCCAGUGUGGAAAUAGUUUUAGCAAGCUAGGGAACCUAAAACAGCAUAAAAGAACACACACAGGAGAAAAGCCCUACCAAUGCUCCCAGUGUGGAAAGAGUUUUAGCCAUUCAGGGAGCCUUAAAGACCACGAGAGGAGACACAGACAAGAAAAACCCUACCAAUGCUCCCUGUGUGGAAAGAGUUUUAUCAAGUUAGGGGCCCUGAAUCGGCAUGAGAGGACACACACUGGAGGGGAUAAAACGUACCACUGCUCCCUGUGUGAAAAGAGUUUUAACCGGUUAAGACAUCUGAAUAAGCAUGAAAUAAUACAUACACGGGAGGAGAAGACAUACCACUGCUCACUGUGUGGAAAGACAUUUUCCCAGUCAGAAGACCUGAAAUCACAUGAGAGAAUAGAGAGGCUGUGUUCUGACUUGUGCUUUUGACUGAGAAUUAAGUGUUUUUUGUUUCAUGCCACAUUAAAUCAUAUUGUUUAUGAUUUAACCUGUCUUUAUAAUACAUAACUGUACUAUAACACACACAGGAGAGAAAACCUUCCACUGUUCUCAUUGGCUUUUGACUGAGAAUUUGUGUUUUUUGUUUUUUAUAACCCACUGUUGGGUUUAGCUUUUUCAACUUUAAAUAUUGUUAAUCAUCCGUUUUACGAGAGACAUAAGGGGUGCCAUAGUCUGGUUUCUACAACAGAAGUUAAUGGUGAUGAGGAAUGUAUAUAUGGUGGGUUCAGCUAAGCUUGGAAUGUGUUGAGUGAAGGGAGGACGAUCACAUGCUGGUGGAGAGAUGUGGAUUAGUGAGGAAGGGAGCUGAGGUCAGGUCACAUGCUGGUGUAGAGAUGUGGAUUAGUGAGGAAGGGAGCCGAGGUCAGGUCACAUGCUGGUGGAGAGAUGUGGAUUAGUGAGGAAGGGAGUCGAGGUCAGGUCACAAUGAAGGGAGAAGGAACAGUUUAUGGCCGCGUCACUUAACUUCCUGCCUAGCAACAAAGAUGUCAUGUCUAGAGAGAAGGACGAGACUCCACCCAGAUUGGGUAUAUAUAUACAUAUUUACACAUAUAUAUACAUAUAUAUACUAAUAAUAUACAUAUAUAUAUACAUAUAUAUAUAUAUAUACAUACAUACAUAC